GCCCUGCUGAAGGAUCAGCAUCAGUGAUGUGGCAUCGUUGGUAGUUGUAGAUGUUGGAUAGUUUCUCCAUCAUCAUGCCUUCUGCUUCGCCUCUACAUGUCUAUAUUUGACGAGGCAUACUUAGGAUGCCACAUCACUGAUGCUGCUCUGCUGCAGGGACAAGAGAGGGUGAGAGGUCAGCUGCUGUGGGAGGUGUUUUGGCACCUUCACUGUAGAGGGAUAACAAAAUAAGAGUCCAACAUCUCUACCAACCCUCUACACCUCCCUCUACAUCCACUCACAAUCCAAAGACAUCACCAUCGUCCAGAAGACAGAACCACCAAGAUGCGCCUCCACCACAUCCUCCUCAACACCCUCCUCAUCCUCCUCUCCACCCCCUCUAUUACCACCGCAUUCCCCCUCCCCUCCCCUCCCACCACAGCAACAGAAACAGAAACAGAGAUCGAACAUCACCCACCAAACGCCGUCCACCUGGCGACCAGCUUCAUCUCCCUCUCCCACGCCCUCUCCUUGCAGCGCCUAACCAAAUGCCCCCUCGACGUCGUCUCCAUCAACCAAACCACCAGCAGACGCUCGACAGUCAUCCCAAAGCGAGGACACGAGGAAUCAGCAACAUCUCACCUCAGCCCCCCCUCCGCCCACCUUUCCCUCAAGUUCAUCGCCCUCGGCCGCGGCACGCAGAACUACACCUGCUCGUCCACGAAUUCCUCCGCAGUGCCCACCGCCACCGGCGCCGUCGCGACGCUCUACGACGUCUCCUGCAUCGCCGCAACCCCGAAGAAUCACGGGCACCGAUUCCUCCACGCCCUCCCGGGAUUCGCCCAGCCCAUCCCGCAGGAAGUCCUGGCCUUCUAUGCCGUGUUGCUGUCCCAGUCCGCCAUCAUCGGGGAGCAUUACUUCUCUGCCCCCCAAUCUUCUUCCACCUCGAUGACAGCAGCAGCAGCAGCAGCAAUGCCCGUCUUCGACCUCCGCCCCACGACCUUCGGAAAACAGGGCGGAAGAUAUGAGUCCAACUGGGUCAAGGCCAAGAAGGUGGAGAGUGUGAAUGCCCCUGGGGGCGGGGAUGGAGAUGUGCCUUGGUUGAAGAUGGUUGGGGUGGAGGGAUCUGGUAUAAAGGAGAUAUACCGUGUCCACACAGCUGGAGGGAUGAGUCCGGCGACGUGCGCGGCGCAAGAGGGGGAGUUCGGGGUGGAGUAUGCGGCGGAGUAUUGGUUUUAUGGGUGAGGGUUUUUCUGAUUCUGUGGUUUGAUUUGCUUGGAGUGACAGCCUCCCUCCCUAGCGUUUCGGUAUUUCUUAUUCUGUGCUUUGAUGUUAACCGAUCUCAUCGGAGGGAUGGACGAGAGGGAUGCAGGUUGAUAUGCAGAAGACAUGGUGGAUGUGUGAUGGGAAACGAAGGAUAUGAUACGAUGAGUUCAUGAGUGGUCACUGUUUGCGGAGAAUGGAGAUGGGGAAUUACUGUUCUAACAUCACGCUCCAGUCUGUAUCUGCUAGUUUGCAGUAAUGCCAUCAAGAUAAUGGGACCAGUUCAAAG